GUUCCUAAAUGCUUCUAGGAAGAGGACGUGCUGGACUAGUGGAGAAAGGCUUGGACUACAGUCAACAUAGACCCGGGUUCGAAAUACGGUCAAAGGUCGUUCAGGGAGAUCGUUGGAAGAAAUGCUAGAAGAGCAUAAAAGGAACGUACAGAUCGAACAGCCAGUAACAGCACUAGCAACGUAUGUUAUAGCAGACUCGACAGAGAUCAUAGUGGAUUGAGAAAGAGAUAAAAUGAUACAGAAGAUCCAGGACAAGAGACGUCUGAAAUAUGCUGAAGCAUGGCAAAUACAUAAGACAAACCAGGAAGGAUUAGCGAUAAACUAGAGUCGAGUAAAGUCUCAGCAGCAUGGAGAGCGGGUAUAAUAUGAAAAUUUUAGUACGAAACAAGGGACAAACAGUAGAAACAUUCUUAAUGAAUAUAGUUAAGAAUACUAUUAUUUAUAUAGGAAAAUACAGUUUGGUUUAUUUUAUUGGAAUGGAUAAAAUUUCAUGAUGACAGGAAGAUAUCGGAGAAGUGUACUUAAUCUACAAGGAAUACAACAAUCUGUAAUUGAUAAUCAUCCUUUACCUGAAAUAAUUGAUGGGACUCCUAAAAUUGAAGAUUUAAAAUUAGAUGAUGAUUAUAAUUAUUCAAGAUUUGAUUCAGAUGCAAUACAAUACUCAACAAAAUUAGAAGACAGAAAUGAAACAUAUGCAUUAUCAUCUGAUUUUACCAAUGGAACAAGAUGCACAGAAAGUGUGGAUUCAUGGUGUGAUGAUGAAUUUGAAAGAGAAUGUACUAAAAAAGUUGAAGAAAUGUUAGAAUUUAUAAAUGGAAUAAUGUAUGAUGAUAAACCAUUUGAAGAUAUAAAUCUUGAACUCAAAAAUGAAUGCAAGUUGUGGAUUGAAAAAUUUCCUCAUUUUAGAAUUACAGGAAAACAAAUAGUACAAGUUGAAGAUAACAGCAUUCAGUUUCAUGCUUUUUCAUAUCCAUCAUCAUCUCCAGUUCAGUCUGAAGUAACCUUUGAUCCAUAUUUCAAUUUUCAGGUUAAAGGAAAACAACUACCAAUUCUUCCAAGUGAAAAAGAAACUGCUACAUUAAUUGAAAAUGAUCUCAUUAAUAAUGAAAAUACUAAUAUACCAACAUUUGUUGAGGAAACUAUUGCUCAACAUGGGGAAUAUGAAGAACUUUUUGCCUGUCAUAAAAUCAGUGUACAUACUUCAAGCAGAGAAAGUUCCUCUUUAGAUAAUAGUGCAUUACAUCAUUUAAAUAUUGAUUUUGUUAGGGAAUGUGUUCUUGAUAAAAUUAUGGAAAAACUGUGGCCAGAGUUACUUUUGGUAUCACACAUAAUUCAAGAAGAACAACAUGAUAAAGAGGAAAUGUCAAAAAAAGUUCUACCAUCACUUCCAUCCACCAUACCACAUUUAAGAAAAUCUCAGUGGGAUCCUGAAAAAGUAGGAAAUCCAUUAGAUGGUAUUUUGACAGUUUCUUCAAAAGUUCUUCAGAAAAGAGAUCAGCGUCUCAGUGUGGAAUCAAAUAUUGUAACAAGACCAGGUUCCAGUUUAAUAUCACCAAAUAGAUUUACUUCCUUGAAUUCACUCAUACCAACAAUACAAGAAGUGCCUUUAAUUAAAACUACAACACAUCACUCUAAUUUUAAUUUUCCAAGUGUUCCAAAUAGUCGUACAUCUUCAGCCCUUCAGCAAUUUAGAAAAUUUUCAAUAAAGGAUUCAGAAUGGCCAAAAGUGCUUCAAGAAGAAACUGAAAAUUUACCAUCAGUUACACACACAUCUAUGAUCAAUGUUCAAAGGCAAAUUAGUGAACCAUUUGAUGAAAAAAGUGAAACCAAAUUUCCAUCUACUCAUUUUUCUCUUCCUCCAAUUAUCAAUAAUAAUAUAAUAAUUUCCAAACAGAAUGUCAAAUCUCCAUUGUUUCAAUCAAUGAUUGAAAGUCCAUCAGAAAAAUUUUCAAAGCAGCUGAGUAAAAAUGAAAAAGUGGAUUCUAGACCCAGUACUUGUAAAAGUAAUAAGAGUAUCAGAGAGAAGAAAUCUAGAAAUAAAGUAAAUUCCAAUAAUCAGCAAACAUACAACCCUUUUGAUGUACCAAUAUUGGGAGGAUUAUCAGAAAAAUUACUGUCACCCUAUCAGUUUAAAGAUUCAGAAGCACAUCUACCAUCUUUGGAGCCUAAUUUGAAUACAGAUCAACUAGUCACAUUGUUUCCAGUUGUAAAAUCAUUAGAAUUGCAAAGACAAGAAGAUAAUAAGAGAGUAAUUAAAAGAAACCAGAGUGCAAAAAAAUACAAUGUCUUAAAUCGAAUAAAAAGAUGACCUCUUCUUAUUCAUCCAUUUUGUAAGAAAUUCUAUAUAUUUAUUGAUACAGAUAUUAAAAUAUUUUACUAAUUUAAACUGUAAAUGAUUCUGUUGUGAUAAACUGUAUAUAACAUUCUUAUAUAAAUUUUAAUAAUAAAU